AGUGAGACGGAAGGCUCACAAAACGUAUAGGAUUGUUGCUGCAGCUCUACUUGCAGUUUGCUCCAGCAGAUUGCAUUCAAUAUAAGCAGCAGAGCAAGAACUCUUGGACCGCUGGGUGUCUACAGCGUUAACAACCCUGGGAAGCUCCACCUCCACUACCACCUUCUACGUUAAUUUCAGCGUGAUCCGUUCACAGCGAGUGAGACAACAGCGCUCCAGAUCUGUGAGUCUUUGCCUGCCUGCUUAAUAUCGAUGAGGCUUUGGACAGUCGUUGCGCUUAACCUCUCUUUCUCUCCGGGGGGGCUUUUUUUUUUUUUUCUUCUUCUUUUUUGCGUCCUGUCAGUAUUAUGUCGCAGCUGAGAACGCGCUCCUGACUAAGGAUCGUGGAUCCAGCUCGCAGAGAGGGUGAAGGCACCUUGCUUCCAGUCAUGGGAGGUCAGAUCACCAGAAAUACCUUCUACGACUCUCUAAAUGGACCAUUUCCUGCAGCACCCCACCGAUUCCACCACAAGCCGAAGCGCUACCCGCCUAUCCAGCCGUGUGGAAAUCUGUCCUCCUUCCCUCUGCAGUUCCACCCUAGUACCAAAGGCUCACAGAUUAUUAUGGACCUGUCACAGAGAACCGUCAAGAGGCAGGCCAGCUUCUGCAACGCCAUUACCUUCAGCAACAGGCGCAUCGCUGUUUACGAGCAAGUUCGGCUGAAGAUAACGAAGAAGCAGUGCUGCUGGAGCGGAGCGCUGCGUCUGGGCUUCACGUCUAGAGACCCGUCAAGGAUAAAUCCAGACAACUUGCCCAAGUACGCCUGCCCUGACCUCGUCUCCCAGAGCGGCUUCUGGGCAAAAGCCCUGCCAGAGGAACUAUCUAAUGAGGGGAAUGUCAUAUCUUUCUGGGUCGAUAAGAAGGGCAGAGUGUUUUACCGUAUCAACAACUCCAACCCCAUGCUGUUCUUCAGUGGCGUCCAUGUUGCUGAACCCCUUUGGGCUCUCAUCGAUGUCUAUGGCCUAACCAGAGGAGUCCAACUGCUUGACAGCGAGAUGGUCCCUUUGAACUGCCUGCGUCCUCGUUCCUAUGCUGCCACCCGUCGGUCUUCAGCUCGGCGGAACAGUCAUGACCCUCGCCUCACCAUUAGUCUGUGUGACCUGAGCCUGCAGCAGCAAGAGAUGCAGCUCGAGGAAGAGGACGAUGAGGGCGAUGAAGAGGAACAACUCCAGCCUUUGAGCUCCACCUCCUGCCAUGUUCCUCAGAACUCUCAGAACUCGCAGCAGUGCUUGCUGCUGCCUGGCCACUUGGACACCGAUCUGCAGUUUCACACUAUUCAUGGCCUCCACGUCACUGCGCUUGAUAAGCACACGGUUGCUCGACCAGAUCACCGCGGCGACGAGAGGACCCUGGUGUUCACCAGCCGCCCAAUGCACUGUUCGGAGAUUGUGUUUGUGAAGGUGAAAGCAGGAGCCAGCCGGGCGGGGUCUCUGUCUUACGGCGUGACGUCCUGCAACCCGGCAACCCUCAGGCCCACUGAUCUCCCAUCGAACCCUGAGUCCCUGGUUGACCGCAAGGAAUUCUGGGCCGUGUGCAGGGUGGCUGUGCAACUCCACAGUGGGGAUAUCUUGAGCUUUGUGGUGAAUGCAGAGGGGGAGCUUAUGAUGAGCCAUAAUGGGAGCAGUGCAGGAAUGGCGCUUUGUGUCGAUAACUCCAGGCCUCUCUGGAUGUUCUACGGCCUGCAUGGAUCCAUCACUCAACUCAGAAUUUUAGGCUCAUCUUUGCCUCUAGAUCAUCAAGGUUCAUCAGUGCCCAGCUCACCGUCGUGUUCGCCCAACACCCCGACAACACUCUGCAGUAGAAGCUCUGGGUCCAACCUCAACACCACACUGAACAUCAGUCUGAAUUCAAGUCUUAACUCCAACUACAGCACACUGUUUUCCACUUCCACAGGUAUAAACCCAAGCUCUCCGUUUUCCAGCCAUCCACAUUCCCCUACAUUCCCAUCUUCUUCCAGCUCUUGGAGUGACGAAUGCACUAUCUGCUACGAGAACAUGGUGGACACCGUCCUGUACGCCUGCGGUCACAUGUGUCUCUGCUAUGCCUGUGGGCUGAAACUCAAGAAGAUGGCCAACGCGUGCUGCCCAAUCUGUCGACGGACAAUCAAAGACAUCAUCAAGACCUACCGGAGCACAUAGACUUGCUUCCGACAGUGCUCAAGACAUCGCAAAAAGCCAUGUAAGACUUUCUAAAGACAGUACAAAUGACAAUCUGGCUCAGGUACUCUUACAACAGGACUUGAAGCUUGAUAAAACAUUUUGUUCAAAUAAUAGGAGACGUCAUCAAAAGCCAUCAGAGAUGCAAGCUAAACAUGGUACGGUAAAAACAACAUGGCAGUAUGCCUCAACUCAUUCAUGCUGAAAAGAAACUGCUGUGUCCCAUGUCAUGCAGAAGAAACACUUCAUGAUCUCUGCAUCCAAGUUAAAUGGAGAUUGUCCAGAGCCGGGGAUAAUAACAAACAGAAUAAAUCUCCAGCUUCACCAGCUGCUACUCUGCUGCUUUUCAGGAAGCUUUGAGUCAGACAGUCAUUUAAGAGGAAGAAUCGAUUCUCUUCCUAAACUGAGGGAAAAAUCAAGGGAAGAUAGUUUUAUUUUGGGAUUUCCUGAAGGCGGUGAAAAAAAAUGAAAUAAGUAGAGAGGGUGAGAAAAUCUUCCUUUAGCAAUAAUCAGACAAUAAAACCUAAGCACUAAGGGUACAGAGAACCUUAAAGGAACUUAAAUCCGUAAUAAGUGGAGUGUCUUGCAUAUUAACCCACCACCUGAGGUUGUCAGGCAGAGACUGUGGAAAUGGUGCAAAAGUGAGAACGACGUCACCGGAGAAGGUGAGCCUUGAUGAGGAUCGAGAAUGUGAAUCAGCGAAGAUGAAGGCUGAGGAGGCUGUAAGUUUGAGACUGAGAUGGGGGAGAUGAGGAGGUGGUUGAGCAGAGUGUGUGCCUGUUUUGGUGAAGAUGAAGUGUUAGUUCACUCAGAAGUUGAGAUGCAUGUUCUGGGUGUUGGCUGUCAUUCCCUCCCUUUUGUGGCUUUUCGGUAACUUUUCUGGAUUAUGUAAUUACACAAAAAGUCAUCCAAAUAAAGAGUGGUGGGUACUGGGAAAGUUCUUGUUUUUUUUUUUCUUUAAAGUGUUGAAUCAAGCUGUUAUUCACUGUUAGAAUCACUAACAAGCCUGUAACCCUUCUCUACUUGUGCCAUGUCAUGGCAUUCUGCAUGACAUGGGACACGGCAAUCUUCUUUAGAAGAUUAAAAUAGUAAUAUUUGUUUGAAUAAUGGUGUAUAUCUGUGCAUUGCAUCUUAUAGCUGGUCCUCAUGUGCAAUCAGUGACAAAUAUGUAACAACUGUGAGAAUUUCAUUUGCAUAUCAUUUCCUGUGUGCUGCUCUCUGACUAUAAAAGGUAACAUAAUAUUUUCAUGUGUCUACUCAUGUAUUAUAUACUCAUCAUCUUUGAAUAGGUAACGUUUUCUGUUGGGGUUUUUUUUUCUGAAAAAUUGCAUCACUCAUUUAUUAUAGUAGAUAUUAAAUUGUGUUUUAUAACAUGUCAUCUCAUCACUGCAGGAUUAGCAUUACCAGUUACAAGUAUGUUGUAUAACAUUUGUUCAUAUUUUCUGAGUGUAUAUUAGGCAGUUCACUGUGAAAACCGAAAGUAAUGUUUAGAUUACUUUUCAUCAUAGAAUCCUUAUUUUGUGGUUCUAGUUUUCAAGACAUGAGCUGGUUGACACUCGAGUAUAGAAACACAACUUUGCUAUAUUUUAUGUGAAACUGAAUGCAUAUAUGUCCUUGAUGGUGGUAUGCAUAGUAUUUCUUUUAUCCUCCACAAAGAGCUCCUACAUAUUUUAGUGUCAAAAUGUCAUAUUUUUCCAGGCUUGAGUUUCCAAUGUUGUCAUUUUUCUCCCACUUUUUAAGCUAUAAAUAUCACUUUCACAGCAAACAUCUCUAUAAUGGUCUUUAAAUAUGGAACAUAGAGACAGCUAAGAUAUGGAUGGAUGGAUGGAUGGAUGGAUGGAUGGAUGGAUGGAUGGAUGGAUGGAUGGAUGGAUGGAUGGAUGGAUGGAUGGAUGGAUGGAUGGAUGGAUGACAUCCUUGCAUGGAUUUCCUGGUCUAAAUAGGAACCCUGUGACGAUUACACAUUAUGUUGUUCUGCGCUGGAAUGUUUAUUAGCUUUUUCAUACCUGGUUAUUUUUCCCCUUCCUGACUAAGACAUAAAAUAUGGAGUAUUUGUACUAGAAAGAGAGACUUGUGAGGAUUGAAACCUUGCUUGUACAUUCAAAAGCUCUUUCUAUGUUAUUAUAAAGAAUCGUUGUGCGUUUUUAUAUGUGUGGUUAAAUUAGGAUUUGUAUCUAUACUCUUAAUAGUUUUGGUGUAGGAAUAUAGAAAUAUGCUACAACAGGUCUAUAGCAUGAAUAGUUAUAGGAAGAGUUUACUGAUAUUUUUCCAGUUACAAACAGUUCAGGAAAAAAUAAAAACACUCUGCAACCUCACCCUAUUCAGCACAUGUUUAAACAAGCCAAAUGUGCAAUUUUCAAGCACAAUUGAUAAAUUUGAGAAUAUACCACAUAUAAUUUAAAAAGCAUUGCACACUCACAUUCAGUAUCUAGGUAACCUAUCCUAUUUUGGAAUUGUGCCCUCUAAGCGCAAAGCCAAAAAGCCAGCACGGAAGUUCAGCUAUUAUGUCUUUGUACCAAAAAACAUAUAUUACUAAUCAUGUACAACUUCACAAAUCAAGUAACAGAUAAGUGAAUGAUAAACUUCCAAUCGUCAGACCAAGACAAAAAUUGCUGAGCUUUUCCAAGAAGUAGAAAUAUCUAAAUUUGACAUAUAGACUCCAGUGAGUUUCUGUAUAUGAAUAUAGACUUUAAACAAGUGCAAUGCAAUAAAAUAAUAACUUGAAACAAUUUUUGUUUGCAAAAACCCAAGCCAGCUGCAUCGUUCCCAUCUGGUUUAUUUCUCAUGGAUAAAGAGCCAUAACUAUGCCACUUUAAGGGAUAGACAUUUGUAUGUUUUUUAACUGAUAAAUUAAAAAUCUCACAUGUGGUGAGCAAAACGAUUUGCUCACCACAUGUGAGCAAAUCGUUUCAGUCCUAGUAAAAAAAAAGCCAGAAAAUGUUACAAAGUGUAUAUCAGAAAAAAAGAAGAAUUUGGUCUGCUUUUUUUUUCUUUCUAAAUGAUGUUAAAAUAAUCUAAUUGCAUCUGAAUAUGAAUUAUAUUUUGUUUGUUAAAUAAAGUCUGUAACACUGA